AUGAAAGAUCAAAAGGCGACCGUCGCUGUCGUUGGACUAGGCGCUGUCGGUCUGGUCACGGUGAAGAAUCUCGUGGAGGAGGGAUUUGACGUAACUGGCUUCGAAUCCAACAAUUACAUUGGCGGAGUUUGGCACUACACAGAGGAUAACCAAACUUCAGUGCUUCAAUCGACCAUUGUAAACAUCUCAAAGGAACGCGGCUGCUUUACAGACUAUGAAUUUCCAGCGUCGGUGCCCUCUCAUGCGACAGCCCAGGACGUUCAGCGCUACCUCGAAAGCUACGCAAAGCAUUUCGACCUGGAGAAGCGAUUUCGCCUCGGUGUCGCCGUACAGAAAAUCCGACGGGACGAGGAGAAGCAUCAAUGGAUACUAGAUAUGGCAGACGGCGCCUCGCAACGGUUUGACAAGGUCGUGGUUUCGACCGGACCAACGUCCCACCCGAACAUGCCAAACAUACAGGGAGUGGAGCGCUUUACGGGCGACUUCAUUCACUCACAAGCCUUCAAAAGACCGGAGCCGUUCAAGGGGAAGCGGGUAUUGUUGAUAGGCCUAGGCAAUACGACAGCUGACACCGUCGAGGCGCUGCGCGGACAUGCGAGUGAAAUUUACAUUUCGCACGCCAGGGGCAUCCAUAUUCUUCCCCGAACGAGCAAAACCGGCAUCCCGUCGGACCAUACCUUGACUCUGCGGAAGCUCAGUCUUCUAUCAAAUCUGGACAGAUAUGCUCCUACCAUCUCAGACUUCCUGUUCAACAAGAUGGUGGGCAAGCUCUCACGAGAUCGAUUCACGAUGCAGCCUGAGUGGAGGCUCACGCCAGCUCUGCACAUUAAAUUUGGCGGCGUGAUUGUUUCCGACAACCUGGUGUCCAACUUCGCCAACGGCGUCGUCACGUCCGUGCCGGCCGUCAAGUCUAUCCUCGACGGCACCACGGUCGAGCUCAGCGACGGAAGCAAGAUCGAAGUGGACAGCAUCAUCUGCUGCACCGGCUACCGCAAAGACUUCAGCAUCAUGGAAAGGGGCGUCGACCCGACGCGAAGCACGCCCCAGAGUUGGUACGACCUCCCCGGAUCGUACGGCAAGCCGCUCCCGCGCCUGUACCAGAACAUCUUCUCCCUCGACCACCCGGACUCGCUCGCCUUCAUGGGCUGCGUGUGGUUCUUCAGCGGCGCGUUCCCACUGUACGACCUGGCGUCCAUGGCGCUCGCGCAGGUCUGGACGGGCAACUCGUCCUUGCCGCCCGUCGCGGAGAUGGGCCGCGCCGUCGACGCGCACCAUGCGCUGGUCUGCCGGCGGGCCAGGCAGGGCCCGACGCCGGGCACCUGGGUGCGGCAGAGUUCGUGGGAGCCCUGGGCGCAGGCCACGGCGGGCACGGGGCUGGCCGAGAACCUGGGCUGGGGGUGGAGGGGGUGGGCGUUUUGGUGGCGCAACCGGGCGUACUACAAGCUCCUCGUGGACGGCAUCUACUCGCCGUUUUUGCUCCGCGUCUUUGAAGGCAAGAGGAAGAAGUGGGAUGGAGCGCGGGAGGCCAUUGAGAGGCUCAAUCGCAAGUAA